AUGUUCACAUCAUUUACCGGUAGCUCGCGCAGGCCCCGGCAGGUGAACCUUUCUAACCGAUCACUGGCGAACCCCUUCACCGCCCACCCACCCUCGAAACGUCAUCCCGCAUCGGGACCUCAGGCGACUCUGGCAAUCGCCCAGCAAGAAAGACUUCAGCGACAGUUAGAUAGGGAUAAGCUACGGGCUACACAGGUGAUUCAGCGUACGUGGAGAGGAUACAGAAGCAGAAAAGCUACACGUUUUACCUGGAGACAAAAAUGGGACCAAGCUGAAAGUAAACGAGACCCGCAUUAUCGGCCAGUCAAUAGUGUCGCAGAAAUAUGUUCACUCCCACCCGUGGUAGGAUACCGGGACUCCAUCGAAUGUAUCGGACAACUUAAAACUCUCUUGGCUUUCAUGGAAAUUGACAAUGAAGGAGAUCUUCUGCGGCUUUGUCGACUUGCUCGGGCAUUUCAGGAGGCCUCUGAAGAGAUCACCUUGCAGCUCAAGGAAUACCCAGUUUUGCUCACCCGAUUAAUGCUUUCUACUCUCCAUGCGUUAUCAGCAAGACGCGAUCGCCGGUUUGAGUAUGCCUUGAACGACAUGCUACAGCUUCUGAUAUUUCUUACAACGCUCAUUCCUCGCCAGAUGUCACAACAUGCCCACGAGUUCUAUCUAACUAUGGCUCGGUUAACCACAUACUCGCAGAAAUUUACGGAUAUGUCUGUUAUAAGAUCAGUCGUUCAAACUGUUCUUGCACUUUUACAACCUAUUACUUCUAAUACUUUGGAAGUGUAUGAAUGGUUUGCCCGUGCCUAUCUCACUAUUCCCUUUCUAAACAGCCAUCUGCCUUCCUUGCCCGAUCUUGCGUCUGGAGUUAAUUAUAAGCUACUGGCAUCGGCUCUCAAUUCAAAAAUAUCCUCCCAGACGCCUCUCAAUUCAACUGAUAUGAUUGGCCGAAUCUGGCUCCUUGCAUACUUUAUCUAUAUCUACAAGCAUGCUCUAGGGUCUAUGUUCUCCGACCAUGCCCCGGAUAUCUUGUUCGUAAGAGCCUUAUCGCUUUUAUUGAGCCCUGUUGCGACAGAAAUCUUCCAGAGAAUUGACGUCGACGAAGAAACUACUGAUCCUAAACCACUUCCCCCCUUCAUUCGAAAUGAGCUCUUAAGCCUCGUGAACCAAGGCAGCAUAACCCGGCUUUUAUCUCAUGUUGACGUCGGUAAUGUAUCAGGGACAGAUACUGACGCUGAAUCUGAAGCUAAAUAUCUUGCCACUUAUGCAUUAACUCUCCUUCGAAUUUUUCCUCGUCGGGGCGACGAGAUUCGUAUGUGGUUGUAUCUUGGGUCAGCCUCCACUGCUGAUCGAGGAUUUUCUUCUACUCGAAUACCAGCCAUAAAAUAUUUCUGGAAGGCCACGAGGUUAACAAGAGUUUACCGCACUGUAACUGAGCGUACUGAGGAUAUUUUAGCGAUGUUAAAGUCGUCAUCAACAAAUGCCACGCCUGGGUCAUCAAAUUUUGUUCGGCCUGGACGCGAACAGGAGUGGACUGUAAUUUUUCUUUUCCUUGAACUGUAUACCUUUUUAUUGAAAGUUCUAGACGACGACGAAUUCUUCUUCGUUCCCUCAUGUGACAUUGGAGGCUCUCCUGCUUCAUGGACGAAGGAAAGCACCUUACCCCUGGAAGAAGUCAGAGACUUGACUGUAUUUUUGAAGAAUCUGGCUUUCCCUUUAUAUUGGAAUUUAGCAGAGUUGACGUCCGAAGGGUCCAAAGAUGGGAAUCUUGGAAUCCGAGAUUAUUUCAACCUCAACACUUUACAACACCUACCAACAACAGAACCAGUUGUGAGAUCAACGAGAAAGGAGUUAGUCGCCGUGGCUGGGGUCCCACUGGAAUAUUUCAGGGGGUUAGUUACUGGGUUACUGAGAAUGGUUCAUGAGCGAGACUCGCGUAGAAGAUUCUUACCCGAAGGCCACUGGUUGAUGACUGAUCGAUUUGAUAUGGAAGGGUUUAUUCCUUCUGUUGUUGCUGAGGAAGAAAAUAGACAUCGAUUACUUAACGAAGACGAAUCUGACAUCGAAGAUGAAAGUAUGGAAGAUGAAUAUAUCAACCGUUCUCCUGGAUUAGUAGGUACUGGUCGGGCACAGCAGCUUCGUCGGAUAGAAUUGUUAAGAAAACGACAGCACCAGGCGGCACGCAGGAAAGAACUCGAAGCUGUGGCUCCUCGACUAGAAAUUCUACGAAAUAUGCCAUUUUUCAUUCCAUUUUAUACACGAGUACAGAUAUUCAGGGAGUUUAUUUACAGAGACCAGGUACGAAGGCGGGGCGGAAACGUCGACCCUGAUUUUUGGCGAUUUUCGAUAUCUCAAGGUACUGAAGUUGGCCAACGCAGCGAAAUACUAGCUCGACAUCAUGCAAACAUAAGGCGUGGGCAUUUGUUUGAAGAUGCAUUUCAACAAUUCUACCCACUUGGAGAAGGCCUAAAAGAACCCAUACAGAUCACUUUUAUUGACCAAUUUGACACCGUCGAAGCCGGAAUAGACGGCGGAGGGGUAAUGAAGGAAUUUCUGACGAGCAUUAUCAGUGACGCAUUUGAUCCUUCCCGUGUUUUGAGCUUUUUUUCGGAAAAUGAUCAACAUUUGCUGUACCCGAAGCCAAGUGCUGUGGAACAGCGGAGAGCUUUAUUGCGACAGGCUGGCGUUUCUGAGAGGAGUGCAACUUGGAAUGAAGAAAUUAGAGGCUUAUUAAAACGGUACGAGUUCCUCGGUCGGAUUAUUGGUAAAUGUCUUUACGAAGGCAUUUUGGUGGAUGUCAAUUUUGCAGGGUUUUUCUUAUUGAAAUGGGCUCUCACAGGCGGCUCGAGUUCCGCUUCUCGGGAGUCAGCGUACCGUGCAAACCUCAACGAUCUCCGAGAUUUAGAUGAGAGCUUGUAUCAAGGUUUGUUGCAACUCAAGAACUACACUGGCGAUGUGGAAGACUUCUCUCUCAAUUUUACCGUCACAGACACCAUUACCCUACCUGCCAACCCCCCUGACAGCCAGAUAAAAACACAAUCCAUCACAAAGGACCUCAAGCCGGACGGUUCCAAACUUGCCGUGACAAACCAGAAUCGGUUGGUGUAUAUCUCAUAUAUCGCACGUCACAGGCUCCAAGUCCAGCCAUACCUACAGACAAAUGCCUUCCUCCAGGGCAUGGGUCAAAUCAUUCAACCUUCAUGGCUCUCGAUGUUUAACCAAGUCGAACUUCAGCGCCUGGUGGGCGGGGAUGCCACCGAAAUCGACAUUGCUGAUCUCCGACAAAACACCGUGUACAGCGGGGUGUAUGUCCUUGGCGAUGAUAGACAAGAGCACAUUACAAUACAGCUUUUCUGGCAGGUUCUCGCAGCAAUGGCGAAUUCAGACAAACAGAAGGUCCUUAAGUUCGUCACAUCCACGCCUCGUGCCCCGCUUCUAGGGUUUAGCCACCUGAAUCCGCGGUUCAGCAUUCGAGAUUCUACCUCUGAUGAAGAGCGGCUGCCCAGUGCCAGCACCUGUGCAAAUCUUUUAAAGCUGCCACGCUAUACCAGCGCAAAGACUCUGCGCGAGAAACUGAUGUAUGCGAUCAACUCCGGGGCAGGGUUCGACCUGAGCUAG